AUGAGUCAAUCACUGUCUGUACCUCCAUUUUUCGACGGAAGUAAUUAUGCGUAUUGGAAAGUUAGAAUGCGUGCAUUCCUCAAAUCAUUAGAUGAGCAUGUGUCUGCAUGUAACUGGAAUAGUAAGGGAAUUCAUGCAUUAUUCACGGCACUAUCACCAGAAGAGUUUAGGCGAGUCUCUAUGUGCGAAACUGCUAAAGAGGUUUGGGACAUUCUCGAAACAACACAUGAGGGAACUAAAAUAGUAAAAAACUCAAAACUGCAAAUGCUAGCUUCUAGGUUUGAAGAAGUGAGAAUGAAAGAUGAUGAAACAUUUGAUGAGUUUUACGCUAAGCUAAAUGACAUAGUUAACUCGAGUUUCAACCUAGGUGAGAGAAUUCCCGAGACCAAGAUAGUGAGAAAGGUACUUAGAUCCCUACCUGAGAGAUUUAGGCCUAAAGUCACUGCUAUUGAGGAAAGUAAGGACCUAGAUGAAGUUAAGAUCGAAGAAUUGGUAGGAUCCUUGCAAACCUAUGAACUUACUCUCUCACAACACAAGAAAGGAAAAUCCAUAGCCCUAAAAUCCAAUAAAGAAGGUGAAUUGUCUGACACUGAGUCACUUAGGGAUGAGGAAAUCGCAUACUUUGUCAAGAAAUUCCAAAAAGUCCUCAACAAUAGGAGAAAGCCUCAGGAUAGAAAGAAUGGAGCCCCUAGCAGAUUCACAAAAGAUAAAAUUGAGAAAGAUAACAAUAAGGGGUCUAGUGAGAAGCCACGUUUGGUUAGAUGCCAUGAGUGUCAAGGAAUAGGUCACUAUAGGAAUGAAUGUCCGAGCUAUAAGAAAUUUCAAAGAAAAGGGAAAGGCAAGGCCUUAGUUGUCUCACUUACCGAUAAUGAAUCUGAGACCAGUGAUAGGCAGGAAUCCUCCAGUAGUGAUGAUGAAGGAAAUUAUAUGGCAUUUGUGGCUACUGUUAAGAGUGAGUCUGAUAAGGAAAGUGAUAAGGUUGAGGAAGAGCAAUCAAAUGAUAAUUCUGUUAAUGAGAAUGAGGAUGAGGAUGACAUAGACCUACAAGAAGCAUAUCAACAACUGUUUAAAGAAAGUCUUAAAAUAAAGAAGGUCAAUAAAUCCCUACUUAAAAAGCUUGACGAACUUGAAAGGGAAAAAGAGAAACUGGGUGGUAAGCUUCAGGAGUCACUUAAGAGCGAUAGUGAGUUGAAGUGUGUCAAUGAGAAAUUGGAAGACAAGGUUAAGAGUUUGACUAGUGAAUUGGAAAAAUCUAAUGUCCAUCUUCAGACAUUCAUUAGUGGAAACAAGAAAUUAGAUAACCUAUUGGGAAUGAAUAAGCCAGUGGGAGACAAGAGAGGUCUAGGAUAUGUUGAGGGUAAUACAACUAUUGCUGGACCAUCUAAGACUGUCUUCGUGGCUGCCUCUAAGCCUAAUACGGUUAGGAGUCCAAGUAAGGGUAAGAGCAUUCCUAGGGAACAAAGUCAUCAAUCACGUAGGAACAUUAGGACCAGGUACCCUCAGACACGUACUUUUGAGCCUAGGUUUAUUCCCACCUGCCACCACUGUGUUGCUCUAGGACACACUAGGCCUAGAUGUUACAAGUUAGGCAAUGAGCGGAGAAGUCAAAACAUUCCUAGUCAGGUUAGCUUUCUGUCUAAUCAGGUUAGUCAUCUGACUGAGAUGCUUACUAAGCUAACUAAGAGUAACUUGUCGCCUAAAAGGAUUUGGGUCAAAAAGGGUGAUUUAGAUAGACUAUCAGGUCAAGAGAAAUGCCUUGUUGCUAAUGUUGCAUUAAAAGCUCAAAAUUCUAAUAUGUGGUACCUGGAUAGUGCAUGUUCUAGGCAUAUGUGUGGUAAUAAAUCUUUGUUUACUACUCUUGAUGAAUGUAAUGGUGGUAUGGUUACUUUUGGAGAUGGGGGCUCCGCACCUAUUCUCGACAAAGGUACCGUACAAAUGCUUGGUUUGCCUGUGAUUUCUAAUGUGCUAUAUGUGGAAGGUUUAAAAUCAAAUUUGCUAAGCAUCAGUCAAAUCUGUGAUGAUGAUUUUGAGGUUAGUUUUGUGCAGAAGAGAUGUACCGUAUAUGAUUCAUCCGGUGGGGUAGUCCUUGAAGGGGUUAGAACAUCCGACAAUUGUUAUGGGGUACUACCUAAUUCUAACUAUGUGUGUAGGAGCGCUAAAAUUGAUGUAAGUGAGCUCUGGCAUAAAAGAUUAGGUCAUUUGAAUUACAAGAGUCUUGAACAAUUGUCUAAGAAAGAAUUGGUAGAUGGCCUGCCUAAGUUAGGACCUAGCAAAAAUGCUGUGUGUGGACCAUGUCAACUAGGUAAACAACUUAAGGGGAGCCAUAAGAAGACCACUAAAAUUCUGACCAAAAGACCACUGGAAUUGAUUCACAUGGAUUUAAUGGGACCCUCUAGGACCGAGAGUUUAGGUGGUAAGCGCUACAUCCUUGUCGUUGUAGAUGACUUUUCGAGCUCAUUUCCUGUAGUUGCAUCCACUAACUUAUCAAUUCUGGGAAGUGGGAAGCUGUCUUUAGGACAAGCUUUACUCAAUUCUGUAAAAUCUUGGCAUGUUUGCCAUUUUCACUACCCUUUGGUGAACACAUCUAUGUUCAUGGCUAGAAAGUUUUUCAUAAGCCUUUUAUGGGAUUCCUUGAUGUAUUUCAGGGACAUUCGGCUUUUGAUCGUAGAGCACCUCACAUAUGUUUAA